AUGAUUCUGAAGAGUGACGGGGUCAUCCCGCCGCCCCGCGGCGCGCCUCGAGCCCCCGCCACCCUCACCCAGGUGGACGUGAGGAGUCGUGUGGCAGCCUGGUCAGCCUGGGCGGCGGAGCAGCAGGACUAUGAUAAACAGCCUCAGUAUUCUGACCAGAAUGAACCUUCGGAGAUGAUGGCUACCAGAGUGGAUCGAGACGUGCAAAUCUUGAACCACAUUCUGGACCACAUCGAGUUCUUCGUGACCAAACUGCAGAAAGCGGCUGAGGCCUUCAACGAGCUCUCUAAGAGGAAGAAAUCUAAAAAGAACAAGAAGAAGGGACCCGGAGAGGGAGUGCUAACACUGCGAGCCAAGCCUCCCACUCAGGAGGAGUUUGUUGACUGUUUCCAGAAGUUCAAACAUGCCUUCAACCUGCUGGGGAAGUUGAAGUCCCACAUCCAGAACCCCAGCGCUGAUGAUCUGGUCCACUUCCUGUUCACACCACUCAGGAUGGUGAUCCAGACCUCUGGAGGGACAGAGCUGGCUAAGAGCGUGGUGGUUCCUCUGUUGACCAUAGAGGCUAUAGACUUCCUGCACUCAGCUGGGACGGCAGAGGAAAGACACCUGUGGGUUGCCCUGGGGGAGGGGUGGACCAAGUGCAGGUUGGAGUGGCCUAAGGACCACUACUUCCCUCCGUGUACGCUGCAGUUCCGUGAUGGUUGGGAACCUCCCAUGAUGCCGUUCGUCCCCCAAUCACGAGAGGCAGAGCUGAAUCAGCUGACCCAGACCCUCGCCCACUCUGAGAUCCUUAGACAGGAGGAGAUGGUUCACAGGCUGUCUACUGAGCAUCCGGGUGUACAGGACUUCCCGUCUUCACAAGGGUAUGCAUUGGACAACAAGGCCUACAAACGCAUGCACCUCUCGGACCAGGGCAUGGCCGUGCAGGCCUUCAACCAGGCCGUCUCACGACACGUAGACCGGAACUACGAGGCCCACGGCAGCAGAGGUCAGCCAAAACGGUUUGCCAAAUCCAAGUAUGACUUUGAGGCCAGAAACAACACAGAGCUGUCAUUGGUACAGGACGAGGUUGUGGAGGUAAGGAACGGUUAACCCAAACAUUUAACACGAA